GAGUAAUUUGAUGGCGGCGAAUGGCGCCGACGUCGGUUAAACAGCCAAUCUGCCAUUGUUGAACGAUUUCGAAGAGCACCGGAGGAAUUGACGUGGAAUGAACGAGUUCGUGUACAGCUGGUUUUUUAUGCUAGGGGACACGUGUGAACACAUCGAUUUCAGAUUAUUGCACUGGCCGGCGACGUUGGGAACCGGCGGGCUUAUCCUUCUCUUCCGCCGUUGCGGCGGCGCCGUCGCGCAAAUCGAGAUUUUCCGAUAGCUACAUAAUUUGUCGAGGUCAGUUCCUAGUUGCUCCCAUUCUCGGAUCCAGGAGUAAACUGGUAAGCUCUAUUGCACACAAGAUAUUUGCCUAAAUGCUUCAAUGGCUUUCUCAUCUUGUCUGAAGUGCCACACUUUGACGACUCUUCCCAAUCCCAACCCCCAACUUCUUCUUCCUCACUACACUUCAGAACACUCAAAACCUAACUUACUUUCACUUCCUCGAAUUCGUUAUCCGACGCUCUGCUUUUCCGUGUCCUCUGCUGUUUCAAGUAUUUCACUUUCUCAGGACUUCUCACCUAAGGAGCUUUUAGACACUUUACGUCAUGUUGAUGAUGGAAAUUCAGCUUUUCGAGUCUAUAAAUGGGCGUCGAAACAGUCAAAUUUUAGGCCUACUUUGGCUGUAUAUGAAGAGAUUCUGCAGAAGCUUGGGAAUGUCGGAGAAUUUGAUUCGGCAAAGGAAGUUCUAGCUGAUUUGAAGGGCUCCGAGGUUGAAUUUGGUGAAGGUAUUUUCUUUAUCUUGAUCGAUUGUUAUGCGAAAUUAGGGUUAUAUGAUGAAGCUGUAGGAGUUCUUGAGAUGAUGGAGAAGGAAUUUGACGUGAUCCCGGGUACACAUUCGUAUAAUUUCUUGUUGAAUAUCUUAGUCGAUGGUAACAAGUUGGCUUUAGUCGAGGAUGUUCAUGGUAGGAUGCUUAGCUGUGGCGCGAAACCGGAUGUUUCGACAUUUAAUAUACUGAUAAAGGCAUUGUGUAAAGUGCAUCAAAUCAGGCCCGCGAUUUUGUUGAUGGAGGAAAUGCAGUACAAGCACGGAUUAUCGCCGGACGAGAAGACGUACACUACGGUAAUGCAGGGUUACAUCGAGGAGGGUAAUCUCGAUGCAGCAUUGAGGGUUAAGGAGCAAAUGGCGGUGGCGGAAUGCCCGUGGAGCAAUGUGACGAUCAAUGUUUUGAUCAACGGCUUCUGCCGUAACGGCAGGAUCGAGGAUGCGCUGGCGUUUGUGCAAGAAAUGGUCGAGGAAGGGUUCUGCCCGGAUCGUUACACGUUCAAUACGCUGAUUAACGGGCUGUGCAAAGCGGGGCACGUUAAGCAUGCUUCGGAAAUCUUGGAUUUAAUGCUGCAGGAGGGUUUCGAUCCCGACGUCUUCUCUUACAACGCCGUGAUUUCGGGGAUGUGUAAAGCGGGAAAAGUCGACGAGGCUAUUGAAGUUCUUAAUCAGAUGAUGUGUCGAGACUGCUCGCCGAAUGCCGUAACAUAUAAUACGAUUAUCGGCACUUUGUGUAAGGACAACCAAGUACGGGAAGCGACGGAGCUUGCUCGUGCUCUGACGAGCAACGGCAUUCUUCCCGACGUGACGACGUUUAAUUCCCUCAUCCAGGGGUUGUGCUUAUCCGGGAACUUCGGUAUCGCGACGGAUAUAUUCGUCGAGAUGAAAUCGAAAGGAUGCCAGCCGGACGAGUUCACUUACAACAUAUUAAUCGACUGCCUGUGCACGAAAGGAAAGCUCGACGAGGCUCUGAAUCUCCUCAAGGACAUGGAGUCGAGCGGCUGCGCAAGAAGCGUGAUCACGUACAACACGCUGAUUGACGGGUUCUGCAAGACCCAGAAAAUCGGCGAAGCCGAGGAGAUUUUCGAUCAGAUGGAACUACAAGGCGUGUCGCGGAAUCACGUCACCUACAACACUCUAAUCGACGGGCUUUGCAAAUGCGACCGAGUCGAGGACGCGUCGGAGCUCAUCGACCAGAUGAUCAUGGAAGGAUUGAAACCUGACAAGUACACAUACAAUUCCCUCCUCACCCACUUCUGCCGGCGCGGCGACAUUCAAAAAGCCGCCGACGUCGUCCAGACGAUGACAUCGAGCGGGUGCGAUCCCGACAUCGUUACGUACGGGACGCUCGUCCAGGGCCUGUGCAAGGCAGGGCGGGUCGAGGUCGCGACGAGGCUGCUGCGAAGUGUCCAAAUGAAAGGAAUGAUUUUAACGCCGCGGGCGUAUAAUCCCGUAAUUCAGGCGCUGUUGAAACGGAAAAGGGUCAAGGAAGCGGUGCGGCUGUUUCGGGAGAUGGAGGCAAACGGCGAAGCGCCGGACGCGAUUUCGUACAAGAUCGUGUUCCGGGGGCUUUGCAGCGGAGGCGGGUCGAUUAAAGAAGCGGUCGAUUUCGCGUUCGAGAUGAUCGGAAAAGGGCAUCCGCCGGAGUUUUCGUCGUUCGGGAUGCUGGCGGAGGGGCUUUGUGCUCUGAAUAUGGAGGAAACGCUUGUGGAGCUGAUGAAGAAGGCGAUGGGGGAGAUGAGGUUUGCGGAGAAUGAGGUUGUUAUGAUAAUGGGGUACGUGAAGAUUAGGAAGUUUUCGGAUGCUGUGGUGACUUUUGGACGGAUUUUGAACAGCCGGCGGCCGAGGAAAGGCUACAGAUGAAAUGAAUGAAUUGGUGAGGUUAGUAUUGUUAAGUUUUCUUGCUCCUACUAAUUUUGGUAGUCAUGCAUGGGUUGGUUGCUUUGUAUUUUAACAUGAAAAUUACUUAAUCCGUACAGGAUAUUAUGGCA